CGGUAAAAUACGCGUAAUAAUGUUGUGAUAAAUGUGAGAGCACAAACUAGACUGUAGCAACGGUGUACGGUGGUGCACAAUACCAACUUAUAUCUAGUCUUAAAGAAACUUCGUCGAAUGGUAUCUCAAACGCACUGAGGAAAGUCAAAAAGCAAGGUUUCAUGUGUGGGUACCAGCGAAUAAACUGCCAAAGACUUUGUGGAGCAGCAGCCUGUCCUUGGACUUACUUCGAAAAGACAAAUCCCGUUGGGUAGAACUCAGUGAUCGGAAUCCAUGGAGCAUGCUUCUGAAGAUGUGGUUUAAGAAUGUGAAGGGAUAAGUCCACAUCAACACAGAGCACAAAAUUAUACGGCCGCCAUGCAGUGAGCACCCCAGUGGUUGAAAAUCAUUUUUGAAAUGCCCUACACUGGAGGCGUUUUUGUGAGCAGCGACUUCCAACCGGCCAAAUUAGUGCGUUAUCUGACCACAACGGACUAUUUCGUAAUGGGAUGUGAAAUUAUCUACUUGCUGUUCGUCAUAUAUUACAUCAUUGAGGAAAUAGUAGAGGUAAUACAAAUGAAGUGGCGCUACCUGUCCGAUGUUUGGAAUCUGCUGGAUGUGGCUGUACUUGGAGUCAGCGUGACCUGUGCAAUCUUCACUGUGUGUAGCAACGUGGCGGCUGUUCAGGUGAUGAACCAACUAUUAGAAAACAUGGACUCGUAUCCUCAUUUCGAUCGACUCAGCUACUGGUAUGCACAUUUCGCCAGAGCCACCGCAAUGUGUGUGUUUCUUGUCAUUCUCAAGAUAUUUAAAUACGUCAACUUCGACAAAUCGCUGGGUCAGUUAACGAAAACGUUGAGCGAAGCUGCUGCGGAUCUGUUCGGGUUUCUGGUCAUGUUUUGCAUCGUAUACUUCGCGUUCGCACAAUUUGGAUAUUUGGCUUUCGGGGCUGACACCGAAGGAUUUCAAUCGUUUACUCACUCAUGGUAAGCCA